GAGAAGAAGCCAAAAAUCAACAACUUCAAGAUAGGGACAUCUGUCAGUGACAUCCUUACUCACCAUCCAUCCCAAUAUGCCAUCCACAAGCUCAAGUCCUUUGAAUAUAUUGAGUUGUGGUAUUUCAACCCAGAUGGCUGCAAAGACAUGGCUGAUGAGGUCAAGUUAUCAGCAGAUGGCACCUUUGGAUUCACCAAAGUCAAUGAUUUCAUUGCAUUAAAGGUAGUUGGUACUUUCAAACCAUCCUACAAAGUAAUUCAAGACCACAGUCUCAAAUGGAGGCAGUUUAACAUGGCAAAGAACAGCUUUUUGCUGUAA